AUGUCCACUGAUAACUAUAAAAACUCCUCCAUUAUUUCUGCGAUUGUUGCUGAUUCUGGAUCCACACAAUCUUUUGCAAUAGCACCUUUGAUCAGUACUUUCAGAAUCCCUAUGGUUAGUUAUUUUUCUACCUGUGCGUGCCUGAGCAACAGAAAGGAAUAUCCGUCAUUUUUUCGAUCAAUAUUGAGUGAUUACUAUCAGGCGAGAGCAUUAGCCCAGCUGGUGAAGCAUUUUGGAUGGACCUGGAUUGGGACAGUUAAAGGCGACGAUGACUAUGGAAACUUUGGAAUGCAAGCAUUUGAAGAGACAAUGAAAGUAAAAAAGAUUACUUCUGGUGUAAUUGGCAUCGCAAUUCGCAAAGUCAGCAUACCAGGGUUGAGGGAGUUCCAAAUGAAAGUUCAUUCAUCCUUGUAUCCAGGGAGCCUCUUGAUGAAAUCGUUUUGGGAAAAUAAUUUCAACUGCACUAUAAGCAAUGGAAUCAAAAUAGAUUCUCGAAAAACUAAAUCGCAGUUUAAGGAAUGCACAGGGAGAGAAAAUUUACAGAAUGUCCGAAACAAAUUUACUGAUGUCUUACAAUACCGAGUCACUUACAAGGUGUACAAAGCAACUUAUGCUCUAGCUCAUGUACUUCACAACAUGGCGUCAUGUAAAACUGGGCAAGGACCUUUCUCCAAUGGGAGCUGUCCAAAUGUUUCAAAUUUUCAACCAUGGCAGUUGUUAUAUUACAUGAGAACACUGAAUUUCGUAACCAAGAUCGGAGGCAAGGUUUAUUUUGAUGAAAAUGGAGACCCUGUCGCAACAUAUGACAUUGUAAACUGGCGACCAAAUGCCCUUGGUGACAUUGACAUUGUAAAUAUUGGGCACUCUGAUGGAUCAGCUCGUUCUGGAGAAGAAUUUUCAAUAACAGAAAAGGCAAUUAUUUGGAGUGGUGGUCAGAAGUCGGUUCCAAAAGCUGUUUGUUCCGAAAGCUGCCAUAAAGGAACAAGGAAGGCAGGAAGAAAAGGACAACCCAUUUGCUGUUUUGAUUGCAUACCAUGUGCACAAGGAGAAAUUAGUAACACAACUGGUAAGAAAACAUCAAUACCUAUUCAAGUUCAUUGUAUAAAAUGUCCAUUGGAAUUCAAAUCUAAUGAAAGACAGGAUAUGUGCAUCCCAAAGGAAACCGAGUUUCUUUCCUUUUUUGAGACAAUGGAAAUCAUUCUGGUGACAAUGGCGCUGUUUGGACCCUGUGCCAUUGUUGGUGUUUUCACAAUGUUCUACAUCAAUAGACACACUCCGAUUGUUAAAGCUAAUAAUUCUGAGUUAAGCUUCCUUCUUUUUGCCCUGACACUUUGUUUUCUAUGUUCAAUUACAUUCAUUGGGGAACCUUCAGUUUGGUCUUGUAUGCUCUGCCAUGUAGCGUUUGGUAUUAGUUUUGUUCUUUGCAUUUCUUGUGUAUUGAGUAAAACAAUUGUUGUGGUGAUGGCAUUCAAAGCAACAUUUCCCAGCAAUAAUAUGAUGAAGUGAUUUGGACCAAGACAACAACAGCUGAUAGUUUGCAUCGUUACGCUGGUACAAUGUGCAAUAUGUACUACCUGGUUAAUUAUAUUUCCACCUUAUCCAUUGAAAAAUACUAGUUACCCUAGCGAGAUAAUUGUGUUUGAAUGCAAUGUAGGGUCUUCGUUAGCCUUCUACUGUGUACUCAGUUAUAUUGGAUUUCUAUCCUGCGUGUGUUUUGUAGUAGCUUUUCUCGCUCGAAACCUUCCAGAUAACUUCAAUGAAGCGAAACACAUAACGUUUAGCAUGCUUAUCUUUAGCGCUGAUUGGAUAACUUUCAUUCCAGCUUACAUAAAUUCACCAGUGAAAUAUGCUGUGGCGGUUGAAGUAUUUGCUAUUUUGGCAUCCAGUUCUGGUCUGGUUAUUUGCAUUUUUGCUCCAAAAUGUUACAUUAUUCUGUUGAUGAAAGAAAACAAUACAAAGCGGAACAUGAUGGGCUCAGUGGCUUCCAAAUAAAGCUUUGAAAACAUUCAUAAACGA